AUGCGUGGAUCUAACUGUUGGACCUAUCAUCGACUAGUGGUAUCUAGACUCGAACUCCGAUUGCGUCCACCGCGGAGGGCCUGUAGAGCAAGACCUACUAGCUUCGAUGUGGAGAAGUUGCAAGCUCUUGAAGUGCAGAAUGUUUUUGCUGAGGUAAUAAGUAAAAGUAUCCCGCACCUUGAUAUACAUACUGGUAAUCUUGAAGAUGAUUGGAACACUCUCUCUUCUCAUAUAUUUGAUGUAAGAACGCAAGUCUUGGGCCUGAAAAAGCGCUUUAACGAGGACUGGUUUGAUGAGAAUGAUGAGAAGUUAGCUGUUAUUUUGGCAGAGUAUUUGCAAUGGCUCUCUGAUACUAAGCAGCUCGGUACUUUUUAUGCGGAAGUAAGGAAACUGGUCGGGCCUAAGCAUAGAAGUAGUGUUCCGUUAAAGUCACGCAGUAGUGAGCAGCGUUUAACAGCGAAAUAA